UAUGCAUAUUAUACGAUUUCUAUCAUACUCUCGUCUACAACAUAACAUACCAAAUAUGAGUGCCCCUCUUCGUCCGCUACUAUCUGCGAUUUCGGGUGUUAAAAGGAGAGAUCCUCCUGUGCCAAUAGAAGCCCAGCAAGCGGGAAAGGGUGUAUUAGGUGCGUGCGAAGCAUGCCGUCUCUAUAAGUCGAAGGUGACAAUACAAUCAACUCGCAACAAGGGAAUUAGAGAUUUAAUUAGUCUACAGUGUUCUGGAGAGCGACCGACAUGCAGAGCGUGUAUUGGACGCAGAGUAGUUUGUAGGUACACCCAGACAGAAGCUCGAAAAGUCAGGCAAAAAUACGAAGACCUUCAAAAGCGCCAGUCUGCGCAUGAAGAGUUACUCAGUCUCAUGAGAACAUUGCCAGAGCAGGAUGCUACUGAGCUUUUCCUCCGAGUACGAGCUGGAGGAGACAGUGCAACAAUCGUAAAACACGUCCAAGAUGGUAACUUGCUGUUACAAUUGCAACUCGUGCCAGAGACUCGGUUUCGAUACGAGCUUCCGUACAGUCGGGACAUGCCAGCAUUGUUGUUAGCUUCCGGAAGUCCUUAUCUCAAUUCUUUGAUAUACGAAGCAGCUUCUCAGCGUGCCUUGCACUCACACGCACAUGGGUCUGCCGCUACGGAGCCUAAUCAUCGUGUUUUCCCAGCAGAGUAUGCCUCUUCAGAAAAUCGGAGCGAGUAUGUCAAGCCGUACCACGCAGCAGUAUUUGUUGAGCCUCGACUUGAAAACCUAAAACCUUCUGAGUGGACUACCGUCAGCAAAGAUGAUGCACUUAUGCGGGAAUUGCUAGUAGCGUAUUUUACGCACGAGUACCACCUCUGGCCUAUCUUCCAGAAAGACUAUUUUUUGGAAGACAUGGCAAAGCCCAAACCAGACCAUCGGAAAACAAGUUGCUGUUCAGCGUUGUUGGUGAAUGCCACAUUAGCAUAUGCAUGUUACUGUUUCAAAAAAAUACCCAAUCGUUUCAGAUAUUGGGAAACCGAAAGUCUCGGCUAUCGAUUCCUUGCUGAAGCCAAAAGGAUCUGGGAGAUGCAGAUCAUCAGUGGCAAAUACCGUCAUCUUGCGUCAGUUCAAGCAGCAUUGAUUAUCAACAUUGUUCAUGACCUUCAUGGCCUGGAUAAAAUCGGUGAUACAUACGGCCGGAAAGGUUGGGCUAUCGCUCAGGAAAUGCAGCUAUUCGACGGAAAUGCGCACAUACUCUCCGAUCGAGUACGCAAUGCUAGAAAUUUUACUGCAUGGUGUCUCUUCGGCAUUGAUAGUCAUCUUGCUUGGCAAUUUUUUCGCCACCCUUUCCUCGCCAAGCCUCCCAUGCUUGCCCUUCCUGAUCCAUCUGUGAAUGCGGCGUGGUACGGUGAGAUAUGGCUUAGGUAUCCUCUCAGUGAAACAUUAUCACCAACGAACUACGGACAUGUCUUUAAGGCUUUGUCUGAAUUUAGAGUCAUCCUUGGCGAGUUAUGUCAUGCAUCUUUUGGUACAGACUCGAACAUUACAGCAGAGCAAGCAAUGGUGUUUGUGAGCCGGUUGUUGGCGUGGUACAAAAAGCUCCCUAUACCUCUGAUGCCAAAACACAUUGUGCUCCCGGCUCAUCUCCUCAUGCAUCUCGAUUACCAGAUUGUACUCAUGAUCACCUGUCAGCCUUUUAUUAAUGAUGAGUGGGACGAUGAGUAUAUCCCUAAGAAUAUUGUUUCUAAUGCAGAACGUGAUAUCAACGUACUUGUACGUUUAUAUCAUCUCCGGCAUGGGUUCGAAGACCCGCAUGUUUACCUGACAUCUCCGCUCGUGAAGUUGGGCUUUAUGUCGCUGCACAGCAUUAAUGACCAGACGCCACCCGAAAUAUUGCACUACACGAGAUCGAGCCUCCUUCUUGCUCUCAAAGGACUGCGCGAACAAGGCCGCAACUACUAUAUCACAAGGACUGUUUAUCAUAUCAUCAAGAAUCAGCUGCGGUCGGAAGAGGCACGGCUUUUGCGGGGAACAGAGGACCCAGAGUCAGAGUUAGACAAGAGUCCGGAGCUGGAGAGCGAGAUUCAGUCGGCGUGGACUCCUACCGUGGUCGAUAUUUCGGAUGGCGCAUCUGAAGACGAGUUAUCGAAGUUGGCGAAGCGGUUCUUGAAGCUUGAUUCAGGGGAGCAGAGUGAUAGUGAAGCUGGCAGUAGUUCGCCGUUGCCGGUGUAG